GAUAGCUAAUGGCUGUUAAUGGCUAAUGGCCAAUGGGGUGGAAGGCAGGGAAUGUUGUCUGGCUUUCCAAAUUUCUCUUUUUUUGAGCGGUAAAUCGCCGCGCGAGCUUAAUGUGGGCGAAAUUUCGUUUUGGAACGUAUAUAAGUUGGGGUGGAUUGCUGGUGGAAAUUAGUUACGAUUUGUUACUGCCUACGACAAGUACAAUUGCAAAGUGUAGUACUAACUAUUGUCCAAAUAGUUAUCUUAAAAUGGCGGAUAUUCAUUCACUGAAGAAAUUUCUUGGCGUUAUUUUGGCUGUUAUCAUCUCUCUUCACAUAACCUCAACAUCAGCGGCUCGAAUGGACAUUGCCAACAUGGACUACGAUCAAAUGCUCUCCCUCCUAGCCGAACAAGAAUCCGAAUCACCACAACCAUCAGAAUCAGAUGAGAUUCCAUACGAAUCAAACAACGUUCCGCAAUAUUACACCGCCGAAAAACAUUUCAAUAUCCAAUCAUCACCCCCCAAACCCCCAGCACAAUCAAAUGGCAAACGUGUGUCGUCGAAUGUCGACUUUACGUUUACGAAACCUUCGGCCAGUUCAAUCAUCGCCCCGCACGUGGAGAUUUUACAUAUUGUCGAAUCGUUCCUGAGGCUCAAAGGCGAGAUGGCCACCCGCAUUCACGCGCUCAUCAACGACAACUUCGACCUCUUCCAGAGCAUCUACAACGUGAUCGUUGCCAAAGCGUCAAAGCUGCACGGUUUCACCCUGAUGGGUAUCAGUGUGAUUAGGAAGAUCCUUGAGUUCGCCGUGCAGAUGAUCGGCACGUGGGAGGUGAACGCGCCGAGUGUAUCAAUUGGGGUUAAUAAAGUGUUUAGUGCACUGGGGUAA